AUGUAUUUUCUAAAUGUGAAAAUCGCACUCAUCGCUGCGGCGACUGCGUCGUUAACAGCGGCAUGGCCAACCGCUAUACUAGAUGCUGCGGGCCACGAUCCCGAAGUGCUGAAGCGCGCAGAGCAAGAGGUCGCAAAGGCGAUGCAAGCAAGACAAGGAAGUGCAAGCGCCGCUACAUCUGUGUUCGAGCCUAUCCCCAUCUUCGACGCAAAAGCACAGUACAUCGACGUCAGCGCGGGGAGCGGCCAUGAAUACGUGCCUCCGGGCCCAGGCGACCUUCGGGGUCCCUGUCCCGGGCUGAAUGCUCUGGCAAACCACAACUUCCUACCGCAUAAUGGCUACGCCACCGUAACGCAAUACGUCGAAGCGACCACAAAAGUCGUUGGCAUGGGUCCGACACUCGCGCUCCUCCUCUCUGCCGUCGGCGGCUCCCUCAGCGGCGAUAUCCUCAACUGGUCCAUGGGCGGCAAGCCUUCGCUUGCACAAGCUGGACUCACUGGUAUCCUGGGCAACGGACUCACGGGCUCGCACAACAAGUACGAGACGGACGGGUCGCCCACGCGGGGGGAUCUGUAUCAAACCGGGAACAAUUUCAAGACGGUGCCCGCGCAGUUCCAGCAGCUGGUUGAUGCGUCGCCUGGCGGCUUCGUCACGCUCGAGAGCCUGACUGCAUUUCGCAGCGCGAGAGUGGAUGCGCAGCGGAAAUCUAAUCCGUAUUAUUUCAGUGGCCCGUUUGCGGGCGUGCUGGUGCAGCCGGCGGCGUACACGUUUAUUUUUCGCUUCAUGGCAAAUCACUCCGCAGAGAACCCAGAGGGGAUUCUGCCGUAUGAUGUGCUGCAGUCGUGGUUUGGCAUUCAGGGGUCGAGCGGCAAGUAUACUGCUGUGCAGGGCGGGGAGCGCAUUCCGAAUAAUUGGUACCGUCGUCCAAUAGCGUAUCCAUACGACACGCCCUACUUUCUUGCGGAUACGUUGAAUGCGGCUGCUUUGUACCCCAAGUUUCUUGAGGUCGGCGGAAAUACCGGCCAACCCGACUCUUUCGUUGGUGUCGACGUAUCAAGCCUGACCGGCGGUAUUUUCAGCUCUGCCAAUCUCCUCAAGGGAAACAACCUGGCUUGCUUCGUCUAUCAGAUUUCCGCGCUGGCAAAGCCUGAUAUUCUUCUUGGCGUACUCACUACACUUCUCGACAUUGUAAACAAUGCGGUUGCUGCUCUGAGCUGUCCACAGUUGAAGAAUUUUGACCAGAGCGUGCUUAAACAGUUCCCUGGCUACAGCAGGCAGAGUGUGUAUGGAUAG